AUGUUAAACUACUCCUUUGUCGAUAAGAAUGAAUCAAAAUCCGACAACAGUUCUAGCUUAGAAACUGCUGUCGUCAUAAAUUGCAUCCUCAAUGCUCCACUGAUGCUGACAUCCAUCACUGGUAAUGCUUUGGUGUUGGCCGCCAUCUUGAGAACUCCUUCGCUUCGUUCAGUACCGUCUACUGUCUUCCUAUGUAGUCUCGCUAGUACAGAUUUUCUUGUUGGGCUUGUUGUCCAACCUGUUUACAUUGCCAUAGAACUUUGCCAUUUAACUGGUGAGUUUAUUUUCAAAGCCAUAGUCUCGAUGUCUGCUUGUCUCUGUGGUGUUUCCCUGGCAACAAUCACAGCCAUAAGCGUAGGUCGACUUUUAGCUCUUCACUAUCACAUGACGUAUCCGAAUUUAAUGACAACAAAACGAGCAUUAUAUGCCUCAGCAAGUCUCUGGUUUGUUUCCAUACUUUUACCAUGCCUUACAGUUUGGAAAUGGAGAGUUUUUAAUCUUUUUGUAGGAGUGUAUAUUACAAUUUGUUUUGUCCUUUCGUCCGCUUCUUACAUCAAAAUUUAUUUCAUUGUUCGUCACCAUCACAUCCAGAUUCACGCUCAUCAACAAGCUGUGGACAGUUUUAAUAUUAGUGUAAAUAUCCCAGAUAGUAAUAAGGUGAUAAUAUCAAAGAAACGUGCUUUAAAGACUUUUAUAUAUUUCAUCUGCAUGAUAUUUUGUUACUUACCUUAUCUAUCUUAUUCAUUGCUACAUGCAACCUCAGUUUUAGGCUUAGAGGAAAAUUGGUCGUUUGCAGAGACUGUUGUGUUCCUGAACUCGUCCGUAAAUCCAUUUUUGCACUGUUGGUGUAAUCGUGAAAUCCGAACAUCAGCUGUAAAGUUGGUCCGAAAAAUGAUGUGUAAACAAACGGAAGUAGCUAACGAGCUUGAAGUUUAAACUUGUAUUUGUAAAGAAACAUUCACCGCGCUAUGCAAACUUUCUUAAACUUUGCCUAAACUUUACUCGAAAUUUUAAUUGAAUUGUGUCUGACAAAUCAUAAUUUCAGCCUUCCUUGUAGUUACACAAUAUCAUUGAUCCUUUUCCACAAGAACAUAGACCGUAGAGAGUCCGAAUUUUAACAAAGUUUAUCUAUUUACCAUUAGAGGAAGGGAGACGGACCCUGAAAUCUUUGUCUUGAUAGACCUGAAUCCGCCACAUGUCUAAUCCAAAUAUUAUAACUUGCAUUCGUAUUCAAGUGGUUUUGAACUAUACUCUAGUCGGGUGCCCCUGACUGAGAAGUCUUUCCUUUGUAAAAUACGUAAAAUAUAACUUUUCUCUACCACCCUAAUAAUUUAUCACUAUUGUUUUUUUUUUUGGAAAGCGCCUCUAAACUUAUAUCAUACUACCGCAUUUUUAACUUUCUGUAAUUUAUUAAAGAGAGUUGGUUAAAGCAAGGAUUGUGACGUCAUGUGGCUUGAUUAAGCGGCCAUUUAUACGCAUUAUUGCUUCACGUUCUUAUUAAGCAAAAGUCUGCUUCAAUUUGCAAGAUUAUUGCAUAUGGGGGGAAGGAGCAGUUAACGUUAAGAAUACUUGAAAACAGAGUGUGCUUAGCGCUAGGUGAUGACCCAUUUUAAUGUUACUAGCAAUAUUCAUUUUCAAAAUCCCCGAUUACUAUUCAUCAACGCUUAAACAAGGGAAAGGUAAAAAUUACCAGGAGAAUUGCCCUGUGUGAUACAAAUAUAUAUUAAGUGCUAUUAUAAGAUAACAACUGAACCAAUAAACGUUUUUCACCUGCCAUUUUGAUUAGCUAAGCACGAGAUCAAUCGGGCAAAUUUUAAGUUACCAUAAAUUGGAUAAUUUUUGUUACUAUUUGCUCAAACUUGCUCCCUAGUUCUCGUUUUAAAACUUCUACACUGUUUUGAGCUUUCCGGAACUAACCUUAAAAUACUUUUUAAAGGUUCCUUUUUCAACUGCUAAAGGUAACUUCAUAACUAUGACGGUCUUAUUUUUUAUCUCCGUCCAUCCCAAUUUUCCCGGGGUGAUAGAGGGAGUUUUCGUUGAUGUGGAGGAACAGAGAUCCAACCUUGGUUGAACUGUGUUUGACAAAUCCAAUAAUUUUCACCCUUUCUCGCAGUUGCAAAUUGGGGAGCUUAAGAUGAUAUUACACGGGACAAUUAGCAAAGACGAUUUUCAGCGGAACACAGCGUUACAAUGUUGGAACAAUGUUGUAACUAUUCGAAACAAUGUCGCAACAAUGUUGCAACGCUGUGUUGUGCUAAAAAUCUUUGUUGCUAAUUGCUUCGUGUAACAUCACCUUCAAACAAACGAGUUUCUUAAGCGACACACGUUAACAAGAAAUGAGGCCUUUUAGUAUGUCUUAACGCUAGCAGAUUUUUAUUUCUACAUAAUGUCUCAUAAACAGACGAUUUGCCCGAACAUCUGCGUAAAGCCACUGCCCAAAAAUGCAAGAAGUCCACUUCUGGUUGACGCGCGUCCCUCAAAAACGCUUUUGCUAAAGCUUGCUAGUACAUAGACCCUUACAGUCGCAAAAUUAUAAUUUUUAAAGUAUAAUUGUAGAAUUUCGAAUUUUAACAAAGUCUGUUGGGUGCAUUUACAAAAGAGGGAGAAAGUGGGGGGUGGGGGGUAAAGGGACACCGGAAUCAUUGUCUUGAUAGACCCUAAAUACGCCACAUGUCCGGACUAAAAUAAUUACACUUGCAUACCCCUGGGCGGACGAAUGUCAUUAACACUCAGUAGGUUGUUCGCGUUGGUAAAUUUCCAGAGCUUGCAGCGUUUGAUUAGUUUCCUUGUAGCUUCCGUCUGAGAAUGGCAAGGUAUGUAUGUACGACGUAUCCAUAAAUAAUGUCAGUUUGCAGUGCUGUUAUUAAGUUCUGUUUAGGUCUAAAUAGGACUGGAAACGUUUCUAAGUUUCUGUUGCAAAAGAUCAAGCCAAUUUGGAAACAAGUCGAAAGGUUGAAAGACCGUGCAUAUUUAAUAUAUUUACUAAACGGCAUAAUUCCAUUCAAUUUGAUCUUUGAUAUUUUCUCACAAUUUCAGUUAAAACGUUAUGAACGAUAAUUUUCACUGAGGACCUUUUUGUUACACACUACCUAUUUCUUUUUUAACUUAAUGAUUAGAAAAAGACAACAUAUAUUUCUUGCCCGUCGGGCCGGAAAUGCGAUAAAAAAGUCACUUUUGAAGCUUUAAAACUUAGGUGCCAGCAUGUCGAUGUUUCCAGCGCUACAAUACACAGGAUAGGAUGGAUUUUAGACAUCAGUUUCAGCCUAUUCUGGCAUCAGACGAGUCAUGCAGAGAACCGUUUUUGAAUAAGUAAUCAUAAAUACCGACGAAAAUAAGCCCCGGGGCUUAUAUUUUUCAAAGGCCCUUUUUGAGAGGCAUAUUUUUGGACGGGCUUAUAUUCGGAGGGGCUUAUCUACGGAAGGAAAUUUGCGUUUCAAAAUCGAUUGGGUUAGUUUUAUAGUUGGAAGUAAAUUUACCGCUUUUGCUUCGUUUUACUUUGUGUUUGAGGGCAAUUUUCCGAGCACAAGCUACCGGAGGACUUAUAUUUGGAGGGGCGAUUUAACGGAGGGUUUUUUGCGUUACCGGUUUGGGGGGCUUAUUUUUGGAGGGGCUACACUUGUUGAAGGCACAAGUGUAAUAACUGGACCCAAGUGUAAUAAAAGUCCCAUCCGUAAUAACAUUUUGAACCCAAGCUUAAUAAAGGUCCUAUCUGUAAUAACAUUUGGAUCCAAGUGUAACAACAACAACAAGCUUUAUUUGCAUGACCAUAAAUGUACAUAUAGUAUUGCAAAAGCUACUUUAAGAGAAAAAAAAAACAGAAAAACUAAAAUUUCAUAUUAUUGCAAUUAAUUAACUUUGCUAACAAUUUGUCACGGAAAAAAAAAAACAGAAAAACUAAAAUUUCAUCUUAUUGCAAUUAAUUAACUUUGCUAACAAUUUGUCACGGAAAUAAAAGCAAGCUGAAAUAUAUUUAAUAUAUUUCAAAAUGGUUAUACGUAAUUUCACGAGCCGUUAGGCGAGUGAAAUUUGAGACAAUUUUGAAAUAUCACGAGUGGUAUUUAGGCCAAAUAUCACGUACAUAUCAUGCUGUUGUUUGUUUAUAUUACUACCCACGAAAGGUUUGUAAUUUUCACAUGUAGGUAUUUUAAAUUAAGCUGAAAUACCACUGCUCUUAGAGAAAAAAAAUGGCAGAAAUUUCUCAGGUAGUGGUAUAAAUAUAGUAAUUUGAGGAGUUCAUCAGUUCAUUGAUCAGAUCGUUGACGUGUAAUUGGGUAAUAUUUGGAAUCAGAGAUUGAACUUUAUGGUAAAAAUUAUUCCUUAUUGUAGAGUAUUUAGAACAGUGAAAAAGAAAGUGAAUCUAUUUUCUCGAGAGAUUUGAUUGUAUCUACCUUGUUCUAUCAUCAAUUUGUGAUUGCUAAUUCGUAAUUUGACUAAUACCUUUCUCUCGGUUGUUCCUCUUGUUAAAUCUAGAUCAUUAGAAAUGGUAUGCUCGUGUUUAAAAGAUCUAUAAAAUUCAAGUUUUUGAGAAUGUUGGAGGGUGUUUUUCCAAUAGGAGAUAUAUAUUUUUUUUCAUCAAGCGUACAAAGCUUUUGACUAUUGCGGUAUCUAACAAAUUAUGAUUGUAAUAAAGGUCAUAAAGGUCUAAUAUGUUGACCUUUGGUCCCAGCUGAGAUAAUAUGAGACAUGCUCACAACAGUGUAUCUUAAUACAAGGCUGACAUCAUGGCUCAUGUGACCAACCAGAACCAGAAAAACAUGAAGGGAAAAAAAUACCACCGAAUCUAGCAAUGCCUCUCGGUUUACGUUUUGACAAAUUUAUAACUGGCUAUGAAACAUGCUUUUCAAAAAAUUCAUCGCUCCAGAACAAAUAAAUAUGUCAUUCACGUUCACUUAUAUAAAAUGUCAGGCUAAACAAAUCAAGCAUAUGCCGUUGCUUAAUUCAAAUUAUAUGGCUUGAAUCGAUGAUCGAACGAAUAAGGAUAAGAUAAGAAUUUCUUCGGUUAAUAAUUCUAAGUGGUAAUGGCCAUAUUUUUCAAUGGCCAGUGCCGUUUAGCUAAUACUUUACUCGCCAAACCAUUAGGUGUAAAAUUCAGUUAAAAGUGACAUGAAAGCCACGAAGGCAAAAUUAAAAGGCAGGAGUUAGUUUCUGCAGGUCACGUGAUUUUAAAAUUUUUACCUCUUAUUGGCUAUAAUUUGUUGUUGAUAUAUUACCGGUUUGAGUAUGAAGAAAACUUUUACAAAUACGGCCUUUAUUACUCUUGGGUCCAAAUGUUAUUACAGAUAGGACCUUUAUUACGCUUGGGUUUAAGAUAUUAUUUCGGAUGGGACUUUCAUUAUGCUUGGGUCCAAAUGUUAUUACAGAUGGGAACUUUAUUACACUUGGGUCCAGUUAUUACACUUGUGCCUUCUGGCUUAUACAUGGAGGGCUUAUUUUCGGAACUUUACGGUAUGCGACUUUUGAGUGUUUUAUGGAAUGGUCUACGGAAUGAUGGCUUUCUGAAAGUUAGAGAGAUUUCAUUUGACGUCCUGUUUUGUAUCUUUAGUAUUUUCUUCAUAAAAAGGGGGUAUUUUUUACUUAAAUACGGACACUUCCCCCCCCCCACCCCCCCAUUGGUCUAAAUUUUACUUAUGGAAAACAGAGUUCAGCCUUCAUGAUGAAUUCAUUAAUAAAGACUUUUUAAAGAGUCAAACAGGUGCCAGUUACACAAUUAGAACAAAGCAACGAAGUCACCGCUUCUUUUUGUAAAAGAAACGCGAUAAGCAACAAGAAAAGCCAAAAAAAAGAAAGAAAUCGAAGAUGCUAAACUACUCCUUUGUCGAUAAGAAUGAAUCAAAAUCCGACAACUUGAAAAUGGACAACACUUCUAGCUUGGAAACGGUUGUCGUCAUAAAUUGCAUCCUCAAUGCUCCACUGAUGCUGACAUCCAUCACUGGUAAUGCUUUGGUGUUGGCCGCCAUCUUAAGAACUCCUUCGCUUCGUUCAGUACCGUCUACUAUCUUCUUAUGCAGUCUCGCUAGUACAGAUUUUCUUGUUGGGCUUGUUGUCCAACCUGUUUACAUUGCCAUGAAACUUCGUUAUUUAACUGGUGGGUUUAUUGUCAAGGCCACAUUCUCGAUGUCUGUUUCUCUCUGUGGUGUUUCCCUCGCAACAAUCACAGCCAUAAGCGUUGAUCGACUUUUAGCUCUUCACUAUCACAUGACGUAUCCGAAUUUAAUGACAACAAAACGUGCAUUAUAUGCCUCAGCAAGUCUCUGGUUUGUUUCCAUACUUUUACUAUGCCUUACAGUUUGGAAAUGGAGAGUUUUUAAUCUUAUUGCAGGAGUGUAUAUUACAAUUUUUUUCGUCCUUUCGUCCGCUUCCUACAUCAAAAUUUAUUUCAUUGUUCGUCACCAUCAGAUCCAGAUUCACGCUUAUCAACGAGCUUUAUAACAUAGCUAGAAAAUUCGCCUAAUCAAAUUCAAUAGCGCGAGCGUGCUUCAUAUUCCUAUUGAGCACGCUGAUGACGUCAAUAAACUAUUCGUAAUUCCUCGAGUUGUUGUGAGCUUAGCAAUCCUGAGUCUCUUGAGUGCAUCCAUAACUCAGCAAUAGACAAUGAAGCGUUUACCAUGUGUUUUGUAAAGAAAUUUAAGAGGAAACGUUUGAAUUUGUUAACCGAUAGUAAGGAAAAGAGGUGAGUGUUGUUGUUGUUGUUGUCAUCUCCGCGAGCUGUGCGGGCUAUGGCGUGAGCUCAUUCUUUGCAAAGUUGUUUUCUCUCAAUAACAAUUUUUCGGUAAAUUAAUAGUUUUCCGGCACCUAAAUAUGGAUUUUACAAUCAUUUUAGAGUACACUUUCUCUCAGUUUCAGGAUAAAAACAUAAGAUUAACUGUGAGGAAAAAAGAUAUAUUCACGUAAACAUUGACGCGUACUGCUUUGAGCGCGCCCUUCAAUAAUAAAAUUUUCAGUUAACUGCUGCAUUGAUCGCUUUGAUAAUGUUAUAAAACAAGUAGUUCAUGCUGCAGCUGUGCGUAUGUCGAGAUAUUGAGCACUUGGGAAGUUUGGAGAGCACUCAAGAGGCUAGAGUUGCACUCGGCUGCGCCUCGUGCAACUCUUACGCCUCUUUCGUGCUCUCCAAACUUCCCGCGUGCUCAAUAUCUCGACAUACGCACGCUGACGCAUGAACUAAUUGUUAAGUGAACAGUUUUAAUAUUAGUGUAAAUGUUCCAGAUAGUAAUAACAUGAUAAUAUCAAAGAAACGUGCUUUAAAGACUUUUAUAUAUUUCAUAUGCAUGAUAUUUUGUUACUUACCUUAUCUAUCUUAUUCAUUGCUACGAGCCACCUCAGUUAUAGGCUAUGAGGAAAAUUGGUCCUUUGCAGAGACUGUUGUGUUCGUGAACUCGUCCGUAAAUCCAUUUUUGUACUGUUGGUGUAACCGUGAAAUCCGAACGUCAGCUGUAAAGGUACUCCGAAAAAUGAUGUGUAAACAAACGAAAGUAGCUAGCGAGCUUGAAGGUUAA